AUGGUAUGGAUCCCGGCAGGCGAUACCCAUGGACUGCUUGUAUACCUGGGGGGUAUUGUCAGUCCAUAUGGUAAUAGCACGACAGCUCCCCAGCCAUUUGACAAGAUCUUUGUGUUUGAUGCGCAGGGCAACUCAUGGUCGACUCAGACGGCAACGGGAGAGAUACCACAAAAUAGACGCCAAUUUUGUGUCGACGUGGCCUGGGCACCCGAUAAAUCAAGCUUCAACAUCUACCUGUGGGGAGGCCUGAGUGUGCCGCCCCCGGUUGUAAACACAACCGCAUUUAACGACAUAUACAUCUUGACACUCCCCUCAUUCAUCUGGGUGAAGGCCUAUCCUGAUCACCAUGGAAACGCCACAAUGUUGCCACAAUUUGGCCACUAUAGCGCUUCCUGCAACAUGGUUAAGUCGAUGUCGCAACUCUUCGUCAUUGGCGGCACCUACCCGGACAGUAAUGACUGCGACGGGGCGGUCACCGCAUGGGGGCAACACACUUUUUGGACGGGGACGAGCCAGAACGCCGGCGAUAACCAGACGUAUUACUGGGCAUUACCCGACCCCAACGUCACCAGCAACGUCGUCCCAAUUGACGUCUAUAGCGUCGUCGGUGGGAAUAAGUACGGUGGGGCGACGCUCAAGGAACCCAAGGCUGGAUUUGACUCGGGCAAUAAGCCCCUCCAUGACCUGCUACAGCGCAGACCAUCGAUCCCGUCACGUACUCCGACCCGCCCCAUCCCCGGCCCGACCGACUCGUCAACCCUGGUCCCAGCCCCUCCGGGACCGGCGCUCUCUACCGGCGCCAUCGUUGGCAUCGCCAUUGGCGGGGCCGCGGGUCUAGCGCUCGUCAUGUUUCUUUGGUUCCUCAUCGGCAAGAGGGUUGUCCGCCGACGGGAGGAGAGGCGUCAAUCAGAAAUAUCGCAGUUUUCGUUCAGUGGUGGUGGCAGCAAGGCCGGGUCGCCGAGCAUGGUCAGCCCGCAAACCCCCAUGGGACCCUGGGUUGCGGGGUCCGCUCCCGGACCGUCGUCGUCUCCCGAGCCCUGUACACAGCAGGGCGGCGGCUACCGUGUCGUCAGCGAGCUCCCCGCUCAGCAUCAGCAGGACGUCAGCGAGCUACGGAGGUUGGGCACUAAAGUAUUCAGACCAGCUUAG